AUGGACAGACUGAAUAAAAAAUCUAUUUUGUCCAUUCCAUACGACAAGGAAGGACUGUGCUGUGCUAAGGCGAUUGUGUAUGCCUUAGCACAUUUGAAAAAAGAUACGAGUGCCAUCAAUGCCAUGAGAAAUCGCAGUCGGCCAGCUCUUGUGAACAGGGCCAAGGAACUCCAUGUGGCCGCAAAUGUGCCUCUAGGUCCCUGCACAUUUACCGAAAUUGCCAGAUUUGAAGAGCACCUGGAUACUCAAAUUGCAGUCUUCUCAUCGGAAAAUUUGAAUCAGGUGGUGUACAAAGGAAGAGAGAGGGCACAACGGAUCAAUUUGUGGCUUCACGAUGGACAUUAUGAUGUCAUUAAGUCCCUGAAAGGGUUUUUUGGUAGCAACCAUUAUUGCACAGCAUGUGAAAAGGCCUACCAAAUGCCUGAAAGCCAUAGAUGUGCCAAUGCGUGCCCUAUAUGCCUAAGGACUGAUUGCUUUCCAGGCCAGCCCCAACGAUGCCCGGACUGUGACCGUCUCUGCCGAUCCGAUGCCUGUUAUGCAGCACACAAAGCCCUCACUGGAAACCAAGAGUUUUCACUUUGCGAUAGGGUAUACCAGUGCAGGGACUGCUGCCAAGUGAUUGAACGCCGUAAGUGCCCUAAAGAUCUGCAUAAGUGCGGUACCACCAAAUGUCCGUCUUGCGGCCAGUUUGUCGUGGCUGCUGAGCACCGUUGCUAUUUGCGACGUGUUGCUCCGAAGAAGUCUGAUGACAAGUUCAUCUUUUUUGACUUUGAAACGGACCAGUCUUCGGGGGAGCAUCUCGUAAAUUUCGCGGUGGCUCAGUAUGCCGACGGCACAGAAAAAGUGUUUCCGGGAUACACGGCGUGCCAAGAUUUCUGUGCCUGGCUGUUCUCUACACAGCACAAGGGCUUCACCGCCGUGGCACACAACAUGAAAGGGUUUGAUGGGCAGUUCGUGAUGGCCUGGCUCCUGGAGCAAGGUACAGCGCCGGAGGUGAUCCCUAACGGGUCUAUGAUCAUGAGUGUAAGACACCCUAGUCUGAACAUUCGGGUCAUAGACUCGUUAAAUUUUUUGCCGAUGGCGUUGGCCAAACUACCGGGGUGCUUUGGUCUCACCGAAUUAAAAAAGGGUUACUUCCCGCAUCUCUUUAAUUCGCAAGAAAAUCAGAGUUAUGUCGGACCGCUGCCUGAGCCCGGUACUAUUACAGCCCGGAUACCAUGA